AUGGCCCCCAUCGACGCUGGAUCCUUGGUGCUCGUUACAGGCGGAAACGGAUUCAUCGCCGCCCACUGCAUCGCCAAUCUCCUGCAAUCCGACCACCAGGUCCGAGCGACCGUUCGUUCGACCGAAAAAGCAGAGGCAACCCGGACCGCUCUUCAGGAAGCAGGGGUGAAGCACCUCGCCCGUCUCCAAUUUGUAGUCGUCCCAGACCCAACCAAUUUUGACGCCUUGGUUGAAGCGCUUCAGGAUUGCCAGGCUAUUUUGCACCUCGCCUCGGCGUUCAGCUAUGAUGCUGUUCCGGGUGAAUUUGAAGAGAAACUCAUGAUUCCCGCUCUCAAAGGAACUGAAGCCGUUUGUGAAGCUGCUCGGCGCUGUCCUACUGUUCGGCGCGUGCUCAUCAUGUCUAGCUUUGCUAGUGUCUAUGAUGCGAGCUUGGGGUUGCAGCGUGGACGAGUGUACACGGAGAAAGACUGGUGUCCGUUGACGUAUGAGGAUGGUGUGAAUGCCUCGGCUGUUCCAAUCGCAUAUCGUGCCUCGAAGGUUGUCGCUGAGCGCGCAGCUUGGGACUACGUACAGAAAAACACAGUCAACUACCAGCUAGUAUCGCUCUGUCCAGGAAUGGUGUUUGGAAAAAUGAUACACCCAAUUUCGUCCCUUUCCCAACUCAAUGCAAGCAAUCAGAUAGUGUGGGAUGUUCUGAGCGCAGGCAGUGAUGCUGAUAUGCCACCCACAAAAGCGCCCGUCUGGAUCGAUGUUGAAGAUCUGGCUGAAACCACUCGCAAAGCUCUCAUCUUCCCGGGUACAGGACAUGAGCGCUUUUUGGUCACGCAAUCAUCGUAUAACACGCAGGAGAUUGCGGAUAUCGUUCGAGCACAGCUUUCAGAUCAAAAUAGAGCUCCGGUUGGAGAGCCUGGCAAGCGAAUUGCGGAUACGCAUUACUCUUGUGAUUCUUCUAAGGCGAAGGCGCUUCUUGGGGUCGAGUUCAGAGCGCUGAAGGAGUCUAUUAUUCCUUUGGCGCGUCAGUUGUACUCUAUGAACUAG